CUGUUUUAAGGAAGUUGCUUUCGUUUUCCUCUUUCAUUGGCUUCUUCAUGCAGAUCGGUGUUAACUCGACCGUUCCGGCUCAGAACUUGCUCGUUUUCCAAACCAAACGGGCAAGCUUCAAGUGCCGGAAAUCACCUCUUAACUCAUUGUCGACUGAGUCAACUCGGAAACAUCUUUCCAACCUCGAAAAACUCCUUCAGAAAACGAACCAAACCGACUCAGACCGAGUUAACAAACCCCUCACAAAUGGGUCUAUCAGUAUCAAACGUAAGGGUUUAUUCGAAGGGCUGAAGCUUUGGGAUAUUAAACCGGAAAUGAAAGCCGCCGAAGAAAUGUCACCGAGUCACUUGAAUCGGCUUCAAAGGCUUUUAUCGAAAACCAUGGAGUAUUCUCCGAGGAACAAUCUCGGUUCACGUUGGAGAGAGUAUCACGGUUGUAAUGAUUGGUCCGGUUUACUUGACCCGCUCGAUGAGAAUCUCCGGCGAGAAGUGGUUCGAUAUGGGGAAUUCGUUCAAGCGGCUUACCAUGGUUUUCAUUCAAACCCGGCCAUGCCGGUCGACGAAGCUCCUUUACCGAGACACGUGGCGUUGCCUGAUAGGUCAUAUAAGGUGACGAAGAGCCUUUAUGCGACGUCGUCUGUUGGAUUACCGAAAUGGGUUGACGAUAUGGCUCCGAAUCUUGGGUGGAUGACCCAACGGUCUAGUUGGAUCGGAUUCGUAGCGGUUUGUGAUGACCGACGAGAGAUUCAACGUAUGGGAAGGAGGGAUAUUGUUAUUGCUCUACGUGGAACCGCUACGUGUCUUGAAUGGACCGAGAAUUUUAGAGCUCAAUUGGUUGGAAUCCCGGGUUCAGACGACUCGAACCAACGGGUUGAAUGUGGGUUCUUGAGCUUAAACGAAACACGUGGAGCUCACGUGCCUAGCUUAGCUGAAUCAGUUGUUCAAGAAGUACAAAGAUUGAUAGAAAUGUAUAAAGGUGAAACCUUAAGUAUUACAAUCACAGGGCAUAGCCUUGGGGCAGCACUAUCUCUUUUAGUUGCUGAUGAGAUAAGUUCAUGUGCACCUCACGUGCCGCCAGUCGCGGUCUUUUCGUUCGGAGGGCCUCGAGUCGGUAACAAAAGCUUUGUCCAGCGACUUAAUCAAAAAAACGUUAAAGUGUUACGAAUUGUAAAUAAUCAAGAUCUGAUCACUAGGGUUCCAGGUGUAUUUAUUGGCGACAAUAACUCAUGGGCAUAUACCCAUGUCGGGACGGAACUGAAGGUCGAUACUAAAAUGUCGCCUUACUUGAAACCAGAUGCUGACGUAGCAUGUUGUCACGAUUUGGAGGCUUAUUUACAUUUGGUGGAUGGUUUUUUAUCGUCAAAUUGUCCGUUUAGGUCAAAUGCGAAGAGAAGUUUAGUGAAAUUGGUUAAUGAACAAAGAUCAAAUGUGAAACAAUUGUAUACACACAGCUUAAGUUUGAACCUUGAUAGGGAUAGGUUAAAUGUCCCUAUACCUGGUUGUUUGCCUAGCCCAUCUCGAUAAUGCAACAAAAAAAUGAAAAAGAUAAAACCUUGCACAGA